GCCAUAGCCACGGUAGCCCUGGCGACAAGAACCCAGCAACGAGAAUCAACAACAACAACAACUGAAUCAGCCAUAAAUAUAAAAGAAGAUAUUUUACCGGUGGGAAAUACACACGUGGAACCAGAGUGUGAUUCACAGUACUUGCAAUGGCCACCUCAGGCUACGUAGGUGAGAUCCAGCCGGCAGCCCAACCCCAGGGGGUUGGUGUCACUGUCACAUCUGGACAACCGGACGCCGGCUCCAGUCCUGCGACUGCCCCCCAGUUUCUGGCUGAGAUUCAGACCACUGUAGCCACCUCCACAAUUGUCACACCCACAGGCCAAACUACCCCCACUGAACAAACCACUUCCAUCACCACUCAGAAGCCUGCUGCUGGUAGUCAGGCCCAGUCCACGGUACAAGCCCAGCCAGCUCAGACACAGUAUGUGACCGCAGAGAUCCAGGGCUCCCCCACACAGUCUGGAAAUAAUCAAAGCACUCCUCAGUACAUCGUUGUUACUGUCACAGAGGGCUCCCUUCACUCAAGUGACAGUGUGUCAGACUCUAGUCCUCCUCCAGCAGUGGUGCAGACUGGAGUGCCCACACAGGUUGUUCAGCAGGUACAGACAGCUCAGCAGAGGUCUGUGGUGCAGGCCACUUCUCAAAUAGCCAAGACUGAGCCAGGCACCCAACUCAGUGUCACCAGUCUACAGCCUGUUCAUAUCAGCCCAGAGGUCCAGCAGCAGCUCACAUCAGUGCCAGUGCAACAUGUGUACACCAAUCAAGUGCAGUAUGUGGAAGGAGGAGACACAAACUACACCACCAGCACCAUUCGUUCCAGCGCCUUCCCUUACACCGACACACCCCUGUACACCCAGACCACAGCUGCCCAGUACUAUGAAGGUCAGCCAACCUCAGUGUCACAGGCUUCCACCCCUGGCACACCUCUAACAGUGUCUGUGACUGCUGGAACAACAGGCGGCGUGUCCAUGUUUGUGGCCCAGCCUACCAGUGCAGCAGGGGGAGGGGCCACAGUGGUGUCCACAGGUGUAACCACCAAUGGGGCAGGGGAUGGGGCAGGCACCAAUGGUGGGGCCACAGGAAGUUAUGUGAUCCAGGGGGGUUACAUGCUGGGCAGCAGCAGCGGAGCGGCAGCUGGCAACAGUCAGAACUACUCACACACUGCCCGCGCCUCCCCAGCCACUGUGAGUAUUACAGAGGGCGAGGAGGGUAGCGUGCCGUCGGCAGACAAAAAGGUACAGUGGUUGCUGGACAACUAUGAGACAGCUGAAGGAGUGAGUCUGCCACGUUCCACACUCUACUGCCACUAUCUGCUGCACUGCCAGGAGCAGAAACUAGAGCCUGUUAAUGCCGCCUCUUUUGGGAAACUCAUUCGAUCUGUGUUCAUGGGUCUGCGUACACGACGUCUGGGCACACGCGGUAAUUCUAAAUACCACUACUAUGGGCUGAGGAUCAAGGCAGGCUCUUCUCUUCUCCGCCUGAUGGAAGACCAGCAACAUCUGGCCAUGAGGCAGCAGCCCUUCUCACAGAAACAGAGGUUGAAGCCUGUGCAUAAAGUUGAGGGAAUGACCAAUGGGACAGCAUCAGGAGUAGGCCAGCAGCAGCAACAGCAGCAGGGGUCAGGGAAUGUCGACAUCAGCACCCAGGUUCAGCAGUACCAGCAGUUCCUAGAUGCAUCCAGAGCACUCCCAGAGUUCCCAGACAUUGACCUCCAGGGGAAAUCUCUACCAGAGGGCAUUGAGCUUGAACACAUAAAGAGCUUUCAGCUGCUGUACAGAGAACACUGUGAGGCCAUACUGGAUGUGAUGGUCAACCUGCAGUUCACCCUGGUGGAGACCCUGUGGAAGACCUUCUGGAGGUUCAGCCAGAAUCAGGCGGGAGAUGCCACCUUGGCUGUUCAUGAUGAGUCAGAGAAGCGUCUCCCUAAGUCCUGCCUGGUGUUGCUGUGCAAGUAUGAUCCAGUGCUGCGCUGGAGCCGUGACUGUGACAACAGCCUGUACCAGGGCCUGGUGGAGAUCCUCAUUCCUGAUGUCCUCAGGCCCAUCCCCAGUGCCUUAACUCAAGCCAUCCGGAACUUUGCCAAAAGCCUGGAGAGCUGGCUGACCAACGCCAUGAUGAACAUCCCAGAGGAAAUGGUCCGCAUCAAGGUAACAUCCGCUAAUGCAUUUGCCCAGACACUGCGUCGCUACACUAGUCUGAACCACCUCGCCCAGGCAGCCCGCGCCGUCCUCCAGAACACAGCCCAGAUCAACCAGAUGCUCUCUGACCUCAACCGUGUUGACUUUGCUAAUGUCCAGGAGCAGGCUUCAUGGGUAUGUCGAUGUGAAGACCGUGUUGUUCAGCGGCUAGAGCAGGACUUUAAGCUUACUCUCCAGCAGCAGAACUCCCUGGAGCAAUGGGCUGCGUGGCUGGAUGGUGUGGUCUCCCAGGUCCUCAAGCCCUACCAACACAGCCCUACCUUCCCUAAGGCUGCCAAGCUCUUCCUGCUCAAGUGGUCCUUUUACAGUUCCAUGGUGAUUAGGGACCUGACCCUGAGGAGUGCAGCCAGUUUUGGUUCCUUUCACCUGAUCCGCCUGCUGUAUGAUGAGUACAUGUAUUACCUGAUAGAGCACAGAGUAGCCCAGGCUAAAGGAGAGACCCCGAUUGCUGUCAUGGGAGAGUUUGCCAGUUUAGGCCGGGGUCUAAACCAGCUGGAUCCCGACAAAGAAGAAGAAGAGGAAGAGGAGGAGGAGAGUGAUGACGAGGGUCAGGAACUGUCCCUCCCCUCAGACGGCGUGGUGCUCGGAGACGAGUCUCUGGAGCCCCCUGCCAAGCUGGCCAGAACUGACCAGAGAGUCCUCUUCACCACUGGCUCAGCUGACCUAGAGUAACACUACUGGACGUGGGUCUCAAUAUUGAUAAUACACACACACACACACACACACACACACACACACACACACACACACACACACACACACACACACACACACACACACACAGACACACACAGACAUAGAGAUGUACAAAGAACACUAAUUUAUACAUUUGUCACAUGUAUAUAGAUCUUGUAAAUGUGUGCGCAGUCAGUCCUGCAUACUGUAACUCCCCCACUUGUUUAUGCACACACAGUGGAAACACACACCCACUCAGUACUGCUGCUGCCUGGAUGGCACAAAACACCCGUUGGCGCUAUUGAUUGAAUACGCAAUUAUUGGAAUUGCGAUAGGAUAAACACCAGAAUCUCUUGGUGCAAAGAGAGACACACACACAGAGCAUUUUAACCUUCAGUUGUUUGGAUCUGUAAAAGUGAACUGAAGCCAGGCAUGUGUUUUUGUUUUUUUCUCCCAUCACAUCGCAACCCGUAGCCUCGCUGUGUCCUUCCUGAGAAACUUGUGCUCACCCUAGAAUCCUCCUAAAACUGUCACUGCCGUAUCAAAGUGGUCUUGAAAAUACUGUGAUGUGUGUUGUGCGUGCGUGCGUGCGUGCGUGCGCGCGUGUGUGUGUGUGUGUGUGUGUGUGUGUGUGUGUGUGUCAUGUGUAAAGGUAACUUUUACAGGAGGAGGACUCAAAGUGGAACCUCAGCAGUAAAUGGUUGCUGAAUCUAGUUGUUUCUUAUUCAUAAAAGACAUUAAAAGCAGAAGAGACAUUUGUGGAAAACAGGCGGUUGAGAUUUUUAGGCUGGGUUUGUUGUGUGUGUGCAUGUCUGUGUGUGUGUUUCAUAGCCCCUGUUGUGUGUUUCCUGUAUGCCUGGAUGAACACCAGGGUCACGCCACUCUGCUCAAUUUUCAUGAUGGUGUGUACACUUGUGUGGCAGGUGUGUAUGUCUGGUUGUGUAACAGUGAGUCACGCCAAGUGCAGACUGUUUCCUCUGUAUAUAUUUUCUAUACAUUUUGGAGACGGGCAUAGAUUUCCUGUUUUUGACAAAAGAGGUACUGUACUGUGUCAUAUAUUUAUGUUGAAAGUGCUUCAUUCCUGUCCAUGUAAUAAGUUCCUCUGUGGCCUCAUUUCCCUUUUUGACAUAUCAUUUUCUAGCCUUAUUUCACUUGAUUUUUCCAUAUCUGUGCCAAACCUGUUUGCUUUGAUCCCAAAUCUCAUUGUUUUUAAAUGAUCUUUUAUAUGUUUUAAGGAGGACUGUGCCUGAGUAAGAACGGUGAUAUACUUAUAUUCUACUGUAUUUAUCCACUAUUUUGAAUUUUGUUGUCACUAAGUGAACCUCUUGUGCAGUGUAUGGUGCUGUGUUGUCACACAUUGUAAGCAACCUUUGUGUGCAUUAUUGAUUUGUGAUUGUAUGUUCAGCUCUCAAUCCUCUUACCAUAUCUGAUGACUUUUUUCCACCAACAGGCUAAGGCCCUGCCUCUUUGCACAUAUUGACUAAUGUAUUUUAAACUCUGAUGGAGUGAUGCGAAAUGUUUUUUUAAUUUUCUUUGAAGUCCUACAUGUGUUUUUUACGGCGGGGUGCAGGUGUCAGAUUUCAUGCCAACACCUCGUACCCCUUGGUGCGGUUUUGAAGCGUUAGGCAAGAAAUCUAGUGGCUCUUUCUGCACAGUCCUCAACAAACACUCAUCUCACUCCACUGCGUUGUACUUUCAUCUCACUGCAUAUCCACCCUUCCAGCCAAUGGCUUUGAUUUGCUUCAAACAUCCACUUUCUUAAACACUGUUCGUCCAGAUUGGUUGUUGUAAACACGUCAUCUUUGGAUUUCUGAAUACAAUGUCUUUGAAAAAGCUGCAAUGUACGUGUUUUCAGUGGGCAUUGCAAGCCUCAAACCAGCAUAUUAUCCUUUUUAGGGAGUCUAAUGCUACCACAGCUGAGUACAUAUCACUCCAGUCUUUUAAUGAUCUACAGCAUAUAGAAUGGCCAUUGUUUACCCAGUAAAAAAUGUUAAGUCAUUUUUAUAGUGCAUUGUUUUUUUUUAUGUACAAAACAAACUGAGAAAAAAAAAGAUGUUCAGUGGCAGUGUUUUAUGGAUUUGGUCUGCUAUAAGUAUGACUGUGCCUUUGGAGGU